GAGAAAUUCUUUUGAAUAUUCCGUAAGAACUCUGAAGAAAUCAAGUUUGUUCCUUUGAAAAUUAAGAAGUAAAAUAUUGAGAUUAUAAAAGGAAAGUUGAUGUGAGUGGGUUAAUUUAGUUAAGUGAAAAAGAAUUUUCCACCAGUUGACCUCAUAACAUCCACCACAACACUUUUGUUCACACCCCGUUUGUUAGAAGAGAAUGAAGAAUUUUUCUCAAUUAAUCUGGAUAUAGGGUCAACAGCCAGAGCAACUAAGUAAAAGUAUCUAUACAUUGUGAAAGCAUAAAAAAUGGCAACAAACAUGCGUCCACUGAAGAUUACAACUGUUGGUGAUGGCAUGGUGGGAAAAACUUGUCUUCUCAUAACAUACACACAAAAUGAAUUUCCAAAAGACUAUGUGCCAACAGUAUUUGAUAAUCAUGCCUGCAAUUUGGAGGUUGAUGGUAAAAUGUUCAACUUAACACUGUGGGAUACAGCUGGUCAGGAGGACUAUGAGAGGUUGAGACCGCUGAGCUAUCCAAAUACUGAUUGUUUUCUAUUGUGCUAUUCCAUCGAAGGACGUACUAGCUAUGAAAACGUAAUGUCUAAAUGGUAUCCAGAAAUUCGACACUAUUCCCCAAGUGUGCCCAUUGUAUUAGUUGGAACAAAAAGUGACUUGAGAACACCGGGAUCAGAGAAAUUCCUUACCUAUGUCGAUGGUAAGAAGCUGAAAGCUAAAAUUCGAGCUUAUUCCUUCAUUGAGUGUAGUGCUAAAAAGAAUCAAAAUUUAGAAAAUGUCUUUGUUGAAGCUGUUAAAGCUUGUGAACAAAAACCCCGUACUAAAACGCGUGUUUGUUCAAUUUUAUAAGAAAAAAAAACAAAAAAGUAUGUCAAAUUUAAAGCUUCACGUAAAACAUCUUUAACUAUUAAUGGCCAUAUAAUAUUUUUUUGAAAUAGUUAAUGUUAUAGUAUUGAUUUUUGAUUCAAUCUUUUUUGGAAGUUAAGAAUUUUUUUAUUUUAACAUUUCUGCGUAUAAAAUUUAAAACCUAGUCAAUAAAGAAAUAUAUAUUACGUAAAAA